AUGACUGGUAAAACCCAGACCAGCAACGUGACCAACAAGAAUGACCCACGUUCCCUCAACUCCAGAGUCUUUAUUGGCAACCUCAACACAGCUAUCGUCAAGAAGACAGACAUAGAGGUCAUCUUUGCCAAGUACGGCAAGAUAGUGGGUUGCUCCGUGCACAAGGGUUACGCCUUCGUACAGUACUUGAACGAGAGGAACGCCAGAGCGGCAGUGGCGGGAGAAAACGCUCGUAUCAUCGCUGGACAACCUCUUGACAUAAACAUGGCAGGUGAGCCCAAGCCUUACAGGCCUAAAGCGGGCUCCAAACGGCCGCUCUCAGCUGUUUACAGUGGUUAUGAAUUCGACUACGAGUACUACAGGGAUGAUUUCUACAACAGGCUUUUUGACUACCACGGCCGAGUGGCUCCCCCACCCAGAGCUGUGAUCCCUCUCAAACGCUCCAGGGUGCUCGCUCCCUCCUCCCGCCGUGGGAAGACCUCCUUCCCCGUCAAAACUACCUCCUCUUCCUCCUCUUCAUCCUCCAGACCUCCCACAUCAUCCUCCUCUGGGCUCAAACCAGUGAAGACGGACCAGCUUCAGACUAUUAAACGGGAGCUCACUCAGAUCAAGAUGAAGAUUGACUCUUUGCUGGGACGUCUGGAGAAGAUUGAGAAGCAGCAGAGAGCCGAGUCUGAGGCUCAGAGAAAGUACGAGGACAACUGCGACUCCCUGCAUGAGGAGUCCGUGUCAGAGACGGCAGAAAACUCUGGGGAGGAGGCCGGCGAGGGUGCGCUGGACGUGGAGGCGGGAGAGAUGACCGAUGGAGGCGAGGACGACUACGACGAGGAGGGCAGCCACCAUCUGAUAGAGAACCACGUAUCAGAUAUUGAUAACUGAGAUCAGGGUGAGGAAGCAGACACCCCCAGUCCGUGGUAUUAGAAUUCAUCAUCACCUUCAAGAGACAGAAAAUGAUCUCUGAGGGGAUCAAGACAACCAUUCUGGACUGUAAGUUGUGUUCAAGAGAUGCUGACUCACAUUUAGAUGCCCAACUGUGCAGCACAAGCCGAAUGCGAUGUGCUCUCUAAAGAAAAUGUAUUCAACACCCAUUUUAAUGCAUUGACUUUACCUCAUGGAUAUUUUGUGGAACUUAUAUUUCAUUGCAAGAGUCUGACAGUAUAAUGUGCUAAUCUUGUUCCUGAGAGAGGCAGAAAAAUAAACGACAAGUGAAGGAAAUGAAGGUUUUUUUCUGAUUUAUAUAUUGAAUUACAUUGAAUGAAGGGAAUAUGACUUUGUUGAUCUAUUGUUACUGCUUUUAUGAAAUGUGUUUGCACUGUAAUUUCACAAACUGUUUUCCACUGAAUUUCUGUUUUUGCUCAAAAUAAACGACCAUCAGAACAAUCUGCAACCGCAGUACAACAUUCAGAAAAUGAGUGAAACAUGGUUUCCGUCUGGUUUCGGAUUUAACUAAGCCAAUAGCUGUGAGGAUAACUUUAUCCAGCUUUAUCCAUUUAUCACACAAAUGCCCUGUGGGG